GUUGGUUGCGAAUUCUGUGACAUGAGCUUACAAGAUAUGGAAGUAUUUGUAUUACUAAUAUUGUCAUCAUAUUUAAUGGAUAUAAGUUAUGGAAGCAAGGAUGUUCCAGUCUACCAAAUGGAAGCCCUGAUUGGAGAAAAUAUUUACCUACCCUGUAAUGUUACUACAUACGAUGGAGAUGAGGCGGUUUUAAUUUUAUGGUACCGAGAUGACAGAGGAACCCCAAUAUACAGCAUUGAUAUACGUGAUGGUAUUUCAAAAGCACCGAAGCGAUGGUCUGAUGAAUCUGUAUUUGGAGACAGAGCCUACUUUAUUUUUGAUAAGGAACCUGGAAAACUUUCUGUUCAAAAUACACAAAGUUCUGAUUCAGGAUUCUAUAGAUGCCGAGUUGAUUUCGUUAAAGCGCAAACACAUAACAGCCGUAUUAAGCUAAACGUGAUUUCUCCUCCUAAGCAAGUCAUUAUAAGAGAUAACGAUAACGUCGAGAGGUCAACGGUUGUGGGUCCAUAUGGUGAAGGUGAUGUGGUUUCAUUAAAAUGCCAAGCCGUGGGAGGCAAUCCAAUGCCAUCGAUUAAUUGGUACCGAGACGGUGCUCUAAUCGCAUCUGAAAACACAUAUGUAGCAGGUGGAAAAAUUGUUCAAAGUGAAAUAUCAAUUGGACCACUUAAGAGAGAGGACCUGAAUUCGAGACUUACUUGCAGAGCACAAAAUCAUCCACGAGCAGCUAUUGUAGAAUCCGUUGUUCAAAUUGAUAUGAAUUUUGCUCCUUUGAAUAUUCGACUAUUGGGAGCACAUGAACCUCUAUCUGCGGGACGGAGAUACGACCUCUUGUGUCAAAGUGCUGGAUCUCGACCACCCGCUGUAAUUACAUGGUGGCAAAAUGGUAUUCGAUUAGAAAAGACAACGGAAACGACUUCCAGUGAUGGCAACCAAACAACAAGUACACUUUCAAUAAAUUUGAGUAAACUAGAUGCAGGAAAAUAUUUAUCGUGCAAGGCGUAUAAUCAUGCAGUUGUUUCGGAGCCACUUGAAGAUGGAUGGAAACUUGAUAUUCAAUAUGUUCCUGAAGCCUACGUCCGCCUUGGAACCUCUCUUGACGCGAAUGCACUACGUGAAGGUACAGAUGUAUAUUUUGACUGCUUAGUUAUGGCCCACCCACAAGUUUUCCGCAUUGAAUGGCGACAUAAUGAGCAACCACUCCCCCAUAAUAUUUCGCAAGGAGUAAUAAUAAGCAACCAUUCAUUGGUGUUACAAGGAGUAACGAGAUCAACCGCUGGUAAUUAUUCCUGCGUUGGAUUUAAUGCUGAAGGCGAAGGUAUCAGUUCUGCAUUUCCUCUGAAUAUUUUAUACGCACCUACUUGUGCACAAAACCAACCAAAAGUUUAUGGUGUGGCGAAACAAGAAGAUGCUAAAAUCAAAUGUGUUGUUGAUGCAAAUCCUCCAGAGGUAGAUUUUAGUUGGACAUUUAACAAUUCUGCUGAAAGCAUUGAUGUUGCAACAAACCAUAUUGUUCGAUCAGGAUCAACUUCUACAGUGACUUAUACACCUAUUACUGAGCUGGACUAUGGUACACUUCUGUGUUCAGCAUCAAAUAAAAUCGGAAAACAAAGGGUGCCAUGUGUAUUUCACAUCAUUGCUGCAGGUCGGCCCGAUCAAGUGCAUAACUGCACGUUAUUAAAUAUAUCCAUGACAUCACUUUCGGUAACAUGUAGUGAAGGAUUCAAUGGUGGUUUGCCUCAACUGUUCAUUUUAGAACUGAAAGAUCAACACACGCAUGAAGUGAAGGCAAACAUCACUUCAACAACUGCUCGAUUUACAGUUUCAUCUUUGGCACCCGGUAAUCUUUAUACUUUGUUAAUUACUGCAUAUAACUCUAAAGGCAAAUCGGAUCCAACCAUUCUUACGGCAGCAAUGCUUCGAAUGCCUGAAAAACAACUAACCUCAGAACAAACUAAUAACCCACGGGCGGAACUUUUAUUUUCACCAGUCAUAUCGCUUACAAUUGGAUUAACUCUAGCAGUACUAGUAGCAACAUUAGCUAUAAUACUUGCAUUGCGUAUACCAUGCACAGCCACAUCAAGGCGGCGACGUAAGGAACUAUCGAGCGAAAACAUGUCUAGAGAGGGCUCACCAGGUACUAGUGAUAAGAGUUCACCUAGUAAAGACUUGGAUGAAAGUGAUGAGAAAAAUCCGGACGUUGUACCGGAAACAAUUGACUCCGAUGAUCAGGUGGAUUAUAUAAGAAGGCGCCAGCAUAUAUCUACAAUUGAUACCAGCCCAAAUAGGAGUAUUUUAAUUAGCCCAUCACCACCACACCAACUUGGAACAGCAGAUAUGACUCUACAUACGUCUCAUAGCAUUGGUUACUGUACUCUACGCGGUGGAACAUUACCAAUUAAUGUCACCCCUCAUAUUUAUUCAAACUCAAUUUCUCAGUGUACGCUACCUCGGCCUUCAUCACAAAAUCCAAAGGACACGCACAUAACUUAACACAGCCAACAUUAAAUACUCCUACAAC